GUCUCUCAAUUCUUAAAAAUAGUGGAAAGGUUCAUUCCCGUGAGAAAGAUGCUUCAUCUCUGCAGAAGCUAUUGUCAAACGUUUUGCUUGGGAACCCAAUCAGAUUCAGGAAUUGGAGCCCUGUUUAUUGAAUUUCCCCAAGCUCUGUCAUCAAACCCAUCUUUUAUAGGGCGUGGCAAACUGAGAAUAUGAGUGCAAGUAGCUUGGUUGCAGAGGCAGUUUGGAAGGCCAUUGAAUCAACUGGUUCAGUGACCGAUGAUCAGCUCUCCAUCUUGCAUUUAGUGUUCGGUAAGAACUUGGAGAGAGCAACAAGGAUAGUGGAUCAAAGAGGUGUCAAGAGGGUUUUGGGUGAGCCCAGUGGACGUUCUAUCUUUCAGGUCGUAGGAGAAUCCCGGAGGAAGGAGGAGUACUUCUGUUUUGCUGAGCACUAUUGUGCUUGUUAUUCAUUCUUCUAUGACAUUGUAAACAGAGGAGAGCAGCUUUGUUGUAAGCAUCAACUAGCUGCAAGGCUUGCUGCAUCAUUAGGAGCAUGCGUUGAAGUUAAGGUGUCUGAUGAACAGUUGGCUCUACUGCUUUCUAAACUCUGACAUACGUGGAUGGCCGAAAUUUAGAAUUAGGAGUUGAAGAGUACCGCAAGAGCAGGUCACAUUAUCUGAAUUUUAACAUAAUCA